AUGAUCAGGUAUUGGUCAGGGCAGACCAGGAGUGAAGCCCUGAGGGCCAGCAGAAUGAGUGGAAACAGACAACCUCAAGAAAUAGAAGGGACUCCCUGUGACCCUAGCUUCCUUCUGGCCUGUGUGCCCUGCAAUGUGAUCUCUGCUGUCAUUUUUCAGCAUUGGUUUGACUACAAUGAUGAGACAUUCAUAGGUUUCAUGAAGAAUUUUCAAAGAAUUAUUGAAAUUUUAACAUCUCCUUGGAUCCAGCUGUGCAGUGCCUAUCCUGUCUUCUACUGUCUCCCAGGAAGCCAUAAUGAAUACUUUAAAAUUUUGACUGAAAUCAAAGUGUUCAUUUUGAAGGAAAUAAAAAGGCUUCAAAAAUCUCUGAACCUCAGUAACCCUCAGGACUUUAUUGACUAUUUCCUGAUUAAAAUAGAAAAGGAAAAACACAAUAAAAAGCUUGAAUAUAGCAUGGAUAACAUGAUCGCCACCACAUCUGAUCUUUUUCAUGCGGAAACAGAGACGACAAGCUCCACAAUGAAAUAUGGGCUUUUUCUUCUGCUGAAGCACCCAGAGGUCACAGCUAAAAUUCAAGAAGAAAUUGCACGUGUGAUUGGCAGCCACCGGAGCCCCGGCAUGCAGGACAAGAGCCACAUGCCCUACACAGAUGCUGUGUGGCAUGAGAUCCAGAGAUACAUUGAUCUUAUUCCUAUUCCCUGGCCUCGUAAAACAACACAGGAUGUGCAGUUCAGAGGAUACCAUAUUCCCAAGGGAACAAGUAUAAUGACAUGUCUGAUGUCUGUCCUGAAUGAUAACAAAGAGUUUCCCCACCCUGAAAAGUUUGAUCCUAGCCACUUUCUGGGUGAACGAGGAAACUUUAAGAAGAGUGACUACUUCAUGGCUUUCUCAGCAGGAAGAAGAACUUGUAUUAGAGAAGGUCUGGCCCGCAUGGAGAUGUUUUUAAUCCUGACCAACAUUUUACAGCAUUUUACUUUAAAACCUCUGGUCAAUCCAGAGGACAUUGACACCACCCCAGUUCAAACUGGUUUAUUGUCUUUGCCUCCAUCGUAUGAGCUCUGUUUCAUUCCAAGAUAA